AUGGACACCAUUGCCAGGUCAGCCAUGUUUGAGGGGAAAGAAAACUGCAAGAACUUGGCUCUUGACAGUACUGCUCUUAGAGGGGACUGGUACUACAUCUCUGGCCGAGCCAUUGCAGUGAGCUUGGUACAUGGUGGUCCACCACCUAACUUUCUGUCACCAACAGUAUUUUCUCUUCUGGUUGGAAAUUCAGCAAAUCCAGCCCUGGAAGACAUAGCUGACCUGGAACUCUUCGAAAAAGUCAAAAAGAUAUCUCAAAGUACAACCCUUGAGGACCUUGAAAAGUCAAAAGAACCUCUGCUUGAUUACUUGGCCAAUGCAGGAUGCCUGAGGCCUAUGCGUUCACUAAGAGACAGGGAUCUGCUGGUACAUGAUAUUGUCAUGUUUCAGGUCAUCCACAGGGUUCAAGGUCCAUUUCAAAGAUUUUGUGAAGGUCUGAAAACUCUUGGGGUUCUCGAGAAAAUGAGGAGGCAUCCAGACAGCUUUCGCCCUCUUUUCUGCUAUGAGCCACAUAUGCUGACUGCUGACCAGGUGGAUGAUCUUUUCAACAUUCAUCUAUCUCCAGAAGGAAGCAACAGAAGAGCUGCUGAGGAGAUGGUUGUUACCUUCUGGAGAGACUAUCUCCAAGAUGCAGAAGAAGAAGAAGGACCUUCCAAAUUACAGAAGAUAUUGGCCUUUGCAACUGGAGCAACUGCGGUGCCACCUAUUGGCUUUUCCCCAGCACCCUCGAUUGAGUUCAUUCAUAGAGGAGACGAUGACUUCUCUUCUACACCAAUUUUCCCUCUUGCCAACACGUGUGUUAACUGCAUUAGGCUGCCACUGCAUGUUUCAUACCAGCUGUUCAAGGAGAAGUUUGAUUUUGCAUUAGGUAACACUUACGGCUUUGGCAGGGUAUGA